UCCUGCCAGUUUCCCGCGGCUCUUGUUCGUACCCGACGUCGAUUGCACUCUGCGGAAGAAGCGAUUUUUUUUCGACGUCGAAAAGCCAGCGCGAAAUUGUUAUUCGCGAAUACUAUACGUUCGAUCAAAACGUGUUACAUUGAAAAUCGUGUGUGGAUAGAUUAGUGAACAAUCGCAGGAGCAUCGCGGAAAUCGGGAGAAGCCAAAGGGAAGCCUCGGCCCGUCGGUGAUCCAUUGAUUUUCCACAUAAUCGAGGCAUCGUAUGCGAGAGAUGCGGGGACGCCCGUGGACGCUCCUCGCCCUUCUGGCAUGUGUGUCAGGCGAAUAUCUGAUGGGCGGCCACCUGGACAACAAUGCCAGGUCAAAGACCCGAUCCGGCAAGACCGACGGCUCCUCCACGUCGGAACGCAAGACGCGUCUGGACGACCUUGACCUGGAUCUCGUGGCGGCGGAGAGCACCGUUGCUGCUGUCGCUGCCGCUGGCGGUGAGGCUUUAACCGGCGACGACGGUGACGUUCCGCGUUACCAUAUCCCGUAUCCUUUCGCCUUCAACGGCGGCAAGCCGUUCUCGCUGGAGAAGGACCCGAUAACCGGUAAGAUCGAUUUCGAGAAGGCGCCGCCCGUCAAAGCCCUCAACUAUACCGGUCGUUAUCGCGAGCGAGGUGAUAAAGAGAGCAAAGACGGCGGCGGCGAUAACGGGGGCGACGAGGAGGGCGCGUACGCGGAGCAGGAAAAGACGAGGAACAAGGAUCGGAACGACGCCGGCCCGAACGAGAUCAACGCGCAAACGCCCAACUUUCAUGAUUUCCUAAACUUGCCCGUCCAUUAUUCCUCGACGGACAAAUACGGGAACGACAAGUACCCGUUGAUCUCCAGCUCGUACGCGAAUACGAAGGUGCAGAGCGGCGCCAACAGCUACAGCACGUACAAUCACAGACCUUAUCAUCCGGAGAGCGAACUGCAUGUACAUUCCGUACACAGAAACCCGUACACGCCGAUAACAAAAACGAGCACGCACAGGACUACGACCGCCAGCGAUUUCAAUGCGAGGUGGACAAGUACGACGAGUCCGUCGACGACUAUGACUUCCGCAUUGCCGAGCACGGCGAACUCGUCGCACACCGUGCUUCCUACUUCGACCCAACCACCUAUUGUAACCACGUGGAAGCCGCCCGGUACUCCGAUCACGUUUCACUCGAUCGACCGUGCGGAGGAAAAUGAGAAGAAUCUUCUGCCGAUAGAGAAGCUGCACGCCUCCGUGGGAUCUCAUCGAAAUCCGAGCGACGUUUCGACGCAGUCCUCGAGCGAUGGGACGACGACCACGGUCACCUCUCGUUACAAGGACCAAUCGAAUCUCAACAAUUUCGUGGUAUCCCACGCGAAGCCCGAAAUGAAACCGGAAGCGCAAAACGAAGAGCAUAAAGACUCCUACGAUACUUACGAGUCAGACGGCGAAAGCGACGCGGACAAUGAAGACAACUAUUACUUCUUCUCGUUCGGAGAUUUAUUAAAGGAGGAUCCGCCACCGUCGACACCGUCCACGACCACUUCCAGCACAACAAUAUCGACGACGACUGCGAGCACCACCACGACGACGGUUGCCGCGUCGCCGGCAGAGACCACAACGUCGACCACGGCUGUACCUUCGCGACCCCCCGUAUCUCCGACGCUGCCCACGCUAAAAAAAGACGUACCUUCAAACAGACCACUGCAAUUUCUAACGAUGCCGCAACAUCCGAUCGUUCCUCUCUCGUCCUUGAGCAACGAUCGAAGACCGGGCAUUACGGAGCAUUACGACGGCGUAAUCAGUCACGGAUACAGGCCGAGCCCGAUAAUCAAGUCGGAACCGGACAGAAUCGGAGCCGGAGCCGUGGUCGAGAGCACGAGUAACAUCGUGAUACCGCCGGAUCAGGACACCGUGUCUUUCGUUCUGGGAAAUCGCCAGAACGUCGACGGUGGUUAUUAUUCAGUCGGGACAGCCGUCGGAGAGAAUCCCUACGGCGGCGGCCUGUCCGAGACCGACGCUCUGUUCUGGCCGCUGCGUAACGAUCCACACGAUCCCACGAAGGAAGUCAAACACGAGCACAUGCCCGUUUCCGUUGUCGAACCGAAUCCCGACCGCGUUACGCAGAAGUGGGUCUGGCCGUCCAGCCCGAGUCCUCCGAGAGGCAGCAACGAGGUCGAUCUGACGAGACUUCAAAGUCCCCUCAUCGCCGUCGCGGGCACGGUGGUUCACGACACGAAGAAUCCAAACAAGGAAAAGGAUUCCGGCCACGUCAUUUUCCCGGACGACGAAACGAGGAACAAGGACGCAUUGACGGAGGAGCACAUCGUGAUCAUAAACGAAGCGGACGGCAGUAUUCGCGAGUUACCGCCCAAAACGACGUUGACGGCAACGUCGAAUAAAACGAAGCUCAAUCCUCCCAUGGACGAUAUCAUCGGGGAUCUGCCGCAGCUCGCCGAGGACCUGGUGCCGCCCGUGGAGAGCUCCAAGCCGUCGUCCCAUUACUAUCAUUACCAGUUCGAUACGUCGAGGCCGAAUCACUCGAGGCCGCCGCAGAGAUUACCCUUACCGCCGCGUGUCAAGCCGCACUCGGGGCCGCCGGUACCUCCCCCGUUGGACGUGAGGAAACGUCCGUACUCGCCGGACCAGAAACUGCCCAACAUCCUGCCGCAGUUCCGUCCUAACGCGAAAGCGUCGCACGGUCAUCGCGGUCCGGACGUAAUAGGGACGAUGCCGGCCGGGCAAGGUGCACCCACGAGAAUCAGGCAACCGUUGCCGGCUCGUCAGCCGUCACGAAGACCUAUGCUGCCGGCACCCUCGUACCUUCAGCGUCUGAAUCCACCGCCGCCGCCGAUCCACGCGGUCAGACUGGCCUUCACGCCGACCUCGAAGGUGGACAGCGUCGUCCUACCUCACGAGACGGAACCGACGAUACGAAGACUUCGUCCUCCGCACGGGGUACCGCCCGUGUCGCGCGGGGGCGGCCUGGAGGAGAACGCGCCGUCGAAUCGAUUGUUCGCUCACGGUGACGGCAGCGACGGCGAGAUCGGCGAGAACAGGAAGGAGGAUCGGGGUAAGAGCGAGAUAAUCGCGGACGAACGCGAGAACGAGGGCUCGGAAAGGUAUCCGGAGGAACCGCCGAUGACACCACCGAGGCCGCCGCUGUUCCCGAAGCGCAGAACGGCGGAUCCCCCGCACGUUACGACUCUGCAGAUGAUACAGCAUCACGGUGAAUUCGGCGACGUGGGCGAUGACGAGGCUCAGCCCCCCGUGGAACCUAUGCUCGCCCACGAAGCGGAUCGCCGAAAAUCGGACAAUCACGAUCCGUCGGAAAUACCGGAGCAACCCGUGUACGUCGUGUAUCCGGUCAACACCGCGGUCAACAUACACCCGGACGAUUCCAACGAGAAGGACGGCAGCGUCGUCGUGGGUACGCGGGGCCCUCAGCGACCGCUACCGCCCGAUACUCUGCUGCAAAACGAGGACGAUACGCACACCGUCUACAACGGCAGACCUGUCGCCCUGGACUUCCCGUAUCCGCUUGAACGACCUGAUCCAUCGUCCGUUUUUCCCACCGUGAAGGAGACCCCCGUGCUGAUACCCAGCGAGCAGCGACAGCAGGCUGCUGCAAUCGCGAACGAGCGAGAAAACGAGAAGAACGAAGCGGUGAAUGUGAUCCCGUAUUUGCAGGACUUCCUGCCGUACCGAAAGAAGAACGAUGCGGCGAUCUCUGUGACGCUGCAUCGCACAGCAUCGAUCGCGUCGUCAUCAAGUUCGAUGUCAACCGCGUCGACGUCGACCUCGACGCCAAUCGCUUACGUGUACACGCCGACGUACGCGCCAUAUCCGGCGCAUCUCGAUGAAGAUCUCGAUGGCAACGACGACGUUACGAGCAUCGACGCGAAGCAGACGGUGCUGUUGCCUUCGCAGCAGCCGUCCAGCUCCUCCAGCUCGGCACCAGCACCGCAAAACUUCAUGGCUCCUUUCGUCGCGAGUAUGAGCGCCGAGACGCCUAGCAAGAACGGCUGGAGCGUCGUCGUGGUCGAGCCGCCCGCGGGAGCGGAGAGAAAGUCGGACAGCGACAGCGAGGCGAAACCUGCCGACUCGGAGAACGACGCGCAGACCGAAAGAAGCGAGUUCGACGCCGACAACUUUAAGCCGCAGCUCUUCGGCGGUUUUAAGCCGCUCUACGAGUUCCCCAGCGAGAACGCGGAGCGUCACGACGUCGCCGACGCGGACGCCGAAAUAAACAUGCCCAGGCACUCCAAAGAACUGCUGCCUGUACCUGAUAAGGGAUAAACUCGUAUAGGAUACCGCAGACGCACUUCGCUUCUUUUCUCUUGAGUCUUGCUCUCGGACAUUUCGCUCGCACUUUAUUAUUACUCUUCUCGCGUAUAUGUAAACGAAAACGUUAGCGAAAGCGAAAACGAAAGCGAGACAUACGUGCGUAGCAACGAGAAUGAAGAGCGAAUGUCCGACGCGCGCUGCUCGAUGAAAAGCUACUUCGCAGUAGAGCCAACUCGAAUGGUAGAAGACUGUACUCUAUUUUCACUCCGCUUAAUGUAUAAGAAACGUCGCGAUACGAAAUGAUAUUUAAUUUAUGAAAUGACUUGCAUCUGUUAAGCUCCGCCUGCGGCAGCGUUAACAUCAGCUGAAUAUUAGUGGAGCGUAGAAAAUAUUGAUGCACGUAUCGUUAAGUAUGAACGUAUCAAAAGUAUCGAAUAAAAAUAUUAACGUAAGUUUUUUAUGGGCAAUACUUUUGCAACGUUUUGUAUUAUAUUAAGUAUUCCCAUUGAAAAAAUGCAAAAAUUAUACCUUAUACUUUCUCACGUAAUUUCGUGCUUAUACCUAUAUUAUAUCGCAAAAUCGCUUGUAAUAUUUUUUGUAAAAAUCAGUUAUUUAUUAUCUAUAUGACAUUCAGUAUAUUUUUAUGUAAAAAAUUUCUCAUGUAAACGUGUAGAAAUUAAAUAGUCUAUAUAUAAAAA